GGGGACAGAUCAGGCCCGCAUCUUAAAAUGUGUUCCACAUCAUUUUACACAGCAUGCAUUAUAAUUUAAAAUUGGCCCACAUCGUUUAUCCUAGCCCGCAUCAUCAUUUAAUGUUGCCUGCAUUUAUUUUAAAAUGGCCUGUUUCAUUUAAUGUGGCCCGGCACAUCAUUUAUUGUUGUCGGCAUCAUCAUUCAAUGUUAUCCGCAUCAUCAUUGAUGUGGCCCACCAUCUCAUUUAUGCGGCCUGCAUAAUCAUUUAAUAUUGCUGAGUCACAUCAUGUAAGUGGCAUGCCUUGUAUUUUAACACUACCCACCACAUUUUUAAAGCGGUCCACCACCUCAUUUAAGUGGCCUGCCGCAUUAUUUUUGUCAUUUAUUUGGCCUGCAAAAGUCUGGAGAUGAUAAAUCACCUUUUGGUUACAUGUGUUCUUCCAAUGUAAAACCAGGGGGUUAUAUCUUUGUAUUGGUAUGUUGUCACGGUUACAGCAACCAAAAGAGCUUGAUGGUACCUUGAUGUGCUUGCUGAUGUCCACCUCGCACGGCCUCAGGUUGCAGAGCCGCGACUCCUUGACCGGCUCGCAGCGCUCGUUGGCGUUGGAGACCCUCAGAGACAAGCCGCGGCCGCAGGUCUUGGAACAAGGACUCCAGGAGGUGGUCUGGCUCACGCAGUUCUUGUGCCAGCUGCUCAGCUCAGCCGGAGGGGCUUUGGAGACCAGAAGUUCAACAACAAACACAUGGUCCCACCUGUUGAAUCCCGACUGCGGUUAUAAUCCACAAGAGGAGCCAACUCAUCCCUGGUGCCAGCAGUCCUCUACUCCUGAGUCCACAUCCUCCUCCAGCACCUCAGCGCCACACACUGCCAGGACCACAACUGGAGACCUGUUCAAAGUCCACGAGGACACGCCCCCUUUCUCUGGACAGCUCCUCCUCUCCUUGUAAAACUCCUCCCCCCCUCUGGCUCUCCUCCUCCUGGAGUCCCAGGCACAGAAGUGUGUUGUCAGUCCCGAGCAGACUCUUGACAAGUCAUUACUCUCCACGACACGAAGGAGCCUACACCUCCGCCACCAGGGCCGUUGCGAUGGCUCCUCACGUCUCUCUUGAUGUCAAAACGGGCCAAGUUUGAUUCGCGUGGAGGAUGGGUAACGUGAUGCGAGGCGUGGGCAUCCGUCCCAAAGUCGACGUGAGAGACCCCGGCAACCCUCAGAAAGGGUCAGAGGACAGCCUGAUGGUAGUGCUCACAGACUACCCGUCUCCAGACAUCGGCAAGCCCAUCUUCAAGAUGGGGGAGAAGCUCAGCAUCAUCUCGCAUGACGCCUACUGGUGGAAGGUUAGUUCCAUUCAGACGGGAAAGAAGAACUACAUCCCCGACAGUCACGUGGCCAAAGUGUACCACGGUUGGCUGUUCGAGGGGGUGACGAGGCAGAAGGCUGAGGAGCUGCUGCUUCUACCUGGGAACGUGGUGGGCUCCUUUCUGGUACGGGAGAGCUCUGUGGAGCGCGGUAUGUACGUGCUCUCGAUCAGGCACAGCCCCAUAAAGCACUAUUGCAUCUACCGGCUGGACAACAGCUGGUACUACAUCUCCCCUCGCCUCACCUUCCAGUGCCUGGAGCAAAUGAUCAACUACUAUUCUGACUUUGCGGACGGCCUUUGCUGCGCGUUGACCUCUCCGUGUCUGAGCGACCCAACAAUUCCACCAGCGGGUGAGGCGCCGGUCGUCAUGAGGAGCCACUUUGACUGGAAUAAAAUAAACAGGAUGCAGCUGACCGCCACCGGCGGCCACGAUGACAACAUGGUGAGCUACGGCAUGAAGAACAGCAUGGCCGACUACCUGUCCUUUUCGGGGUACCACGAGGGAACCCGAGGCACGGGGGUGGAAAACAGGAAGAAGAAGAGCAAAUCUGUUUACGCAUUGCCGGAAAGCGGCCUGGACAACAUCGACUAUGACGCCCUGUAGGGGCCGCUGUAAGACUUCUUGUGCACAAGAAACUAACUACCGUAUUUUUCGGACUACAAGUCGCAGUUUUUUUCAUAGUUUGGCCGGGGGUGCGACUUAUACUCAGCAGCUACUUAUGUGUGAAAUUAUUAACACAUUACUGUAAAAUAUCAAAUAAUAUUAUUUAUCUCAUUCACGUAAGAGACUUCUCAGUUGGUUAUUUAUGCCUCAUAUAACGUACACUUAUUCAGCCUGUUGUUCACUAUUCUUUAUUUAUUUUAAAUUGCCUUUCAAAUAUCUAUUCUUGGUGUUGGCUUUUAUCAAAUACAUUUCCCCAAAAAAUGUGACUUAUACUCCAGUGCGACUUAUAUAUGUUUUUUUCCUUCUUUAUUAUGCAUUUUCGCCCGGUGCGACUUAUACUCCGAAAAAUAGGGUAUGCUUUUGUUUUCAAGUUACGCCAUGCUAAUAUUUUUGUCGCGUAACUUUACGCACAGUUUGAACAGUAACACUGUGUUUGAAUAUUUAUUGAAGUGAUUUGGCGUACCACUGGUGGUACACGUACGACUGCAUUAUAUAAUUUUUUUGUGCUGUAUUUUUCAAUUGUUGCUGCUUAUUCUAUAAACCCUGUUUCCAUAUGAGUUGGGAAAUUGUGU